AUGUUGCAUUUGGGAAAAAUCUAUAAGCAAAUUGAUAGAUUGAACAAUCUGAAUAUAGUUCAGCAUAGACAUGGACCUGCCUUUGCUUUACACUCCGGCUACCUUACAGAUUUCUAUAAUAUAGAGGGUUGGAUUUCAGAACUAUACGGGGAUAUGAGACGGUACGAGUCGAUGAAAUUUGAAAACGAUACGCAAAUAAAUUUGGCUGAGGCACAGGUUUCGAUUGGGCGCGAGCAGAAUUUUCAAUUAAUAGAAAAUAUUUACCUCAAACUCUUCAAGGAUAACUUGAUCGACUACCUGGCAAGGGGUAACCAGCUAUGGCACAUCUCUACUUGCAAAACGCCACAAUCCCCUCAGCAAUUUCUUUACACGUUCUAUGUGGACUACAUUCUACUAGAACUAAAGGCCCACGCCUUGGUAGAGUGGUCCUGGAUGUUGCUCAGGAAGUUCGGAAAGGGAGGAUCCAUCGAGGAGGAGAAAGCUACUCGGAAAGCUUACCAGCGAAGGACUUCCGGAACUCUUCCAAAGAUCAAGGACUUGAUGAGUCAGGCAGAUCGCUCCGUUUGGCGGUGCGACCCAAGGCAACACGAGGCCGGGGUCACCUACGAGGAGGUCACCCGCCUUCUGCAGGGCUACGUGGAGAACGAGGUGGACCUGAACAGCGACGGAACCUGCCGUCGUGACUGUGGCUACUACACAUCCUCCAGAAGUCAGGGGUGUUUCGACAACAAGUUCUGUUCUGAGCAGCCAAAAUGCGCCGGGGGAGUGUACGACUGUCGCUAUGUGGAAUCAGAUAUGCAGAUUUGUCAGGCGGAUAAGAACUCCAACAGACGGUACGAGUUCAUCCAGUAUGAAAGUGGACUUGUUCAUGGACAGAAAGGAUCCUGUGACACGUGGUUAAACCGUGCCAAAAGUUGGAAUCGGUGGAUUUUCCAGGAAUGCAGCUACUGUGUUUGCCUAUGCGAUGAUCAAAGCCCCAAGUCGGAUCGGUUCUUUAACCUGCGACCUGUGAUCGCCGAUGUGGAGAAGAACAGAAUCGUGACGGGACUUCGAUUUGUUAAGAGCAAUCGCAUAUUUCACCUGCAAAUUCAGGAGGGCGAGCUCCUGCCCCUUGGAGUCAUUAAUGAGGCCACUCUUCAGUGGAAACCCGUGGAUGCGUACACCAUAUCCGAUGAGGACGUGAAGAUAAACGUUGACCUCCACAUGUUGACCUAUGAGAAAAGAUCCAUUAAUCUUGGCAAAGUGGAGGCGAACAACAACUCUGUGGUUACCGGGCUGCGGUUCCAAGUGGUCGGAACCCAUCUUCAACUGGAGGCCCAAUUCAGCAGAGUUGAUUUCGAAAACGGAAAGCUCAUCGAGCCGGAGACAACGAGCUCUUGGCUAUCCGGGGGCUACGAUGAACCAAGGAAGAAGAUAUCCCUAAGGGACGCCCAUGUGCCCACGCGAUCCUCUGACUCUUCGAUACCUUACCCGAGUGACAAACAGUAUAUCGAAUUUACCAACACUGGCUUUGACCAGGAUGCUGCCCAGACCACUGUGCCCUAUAUCGACAUCCAGGAAGUGGUUUCUGAACCGGUGGUCCCACUCUCCGGAAUUGGAGUUUACUUCAAGGGCAGUGACGGAUAUGGUGGAUUUCUGGCACCCAAGAUUAUCACCUAUGACUUUAUGCCACACGUCCAGGUGCCCACGUGGGAGUCUCUGAACUCCAAGAGCCCGGAAUAG